AUGUGGAAUCUCUUUGUUGUCUCUCCAUGGGUGCUUUUAUUUACCUGGCUACUGCUAUGCUGCUGGACCAUGGACCGUGAUGGUGUGUGCCUUGCUUCCUUGUUUAUGCGCCACAUAGAAGGCGAACGAGGCAGGACGGAGCGAGCGCGGUCCCAACAUAUCGACACGAGCAAAGAGCUGUCUGCUGCGUGGCUUCACCUCCAAGAUCAUACGGGCGGCGAUCCUGGACUCACUGUGCUCUACAGGAACGGUGAGGCAGUCAGCGCCAUAAGGGCACCUGUCACUUCAGCUGAUUCGGGACAGGAGAUCAGCCCGGCAUUCCUUUUGCAGGUUGUGGAUGUGCCAGGAACCUCAGUAACUGUUGGUUAUCACCACACCGGCACGCCAAAUAUUGUGGUACAAUGGUGGUACACAGAGCCGGGCACAUUUUACUACGGCAUGCUUUCCGAAGCUGAUUUCAAUGCCGUAUACAAUGGCACCUCUGGCUGCAGGGAGCCAAGCAAUUUAACAGCCUUGGUUAACGGUCGGCUCGUAGACUCUACUUAUACAGCCUACCUUCCCAUUUUUGAAGCUGCACCCCCCAGCUACUCCAGCUUGGUCCAACCCUGCGGCGCCCCGGUCACAUUCUACUGGUUUACUAGUUUUCUCAGUUCCGGCUUACUCGGCGUAACUAACGUUUCCUGGGCGGCGGCUGACUGGGUGGCGGCUAAUGACACCACCAACCCCAUCUGCCCUGACUCCCCAACUGCUUGGGGGUACACCAAGUUCGCCAUCUCGUACUGCCCCUGCCCGGCUCAGCCCCCGCCGCCAAGUCCGCCACCUCCGCCGCCAAUGCCACCUUUACCGUCCUGUGGUGACUUUCUGUAUGUCACCUACAACGGUGUCCCCGUCACUGGAUACUCAGCACCCGUACGGUCCAGUGUAACGGGUCAGGUGGUUACCCCGGGGUAUAUUGAUGCAUCUAAGGGGUAUCACGAGCUGAUGGUGGAUUGGCAACUAGAGACGUACGUCAAGUAUUCAUUUGGAUCACUACCCGAGGCAUAUUUUUUGCAGCUUUACAAUGGUAGCACAGGGUGCCAACCGCCUGAUGAGUAUUUGUCAGGCUCCGAUAAUUGGGAGAUUACAACUCAGGGUAUAACAAAACUCGAUAGUGGGGUGCUCUUCGGACUUUUCUUUCGGAUGGGAUGGUUCGCCCAAUGUCAACCCUUUACAAUGUACGCGUUCAUUCGUUUUGAGGACAUAAGGCCCAGAGGGUUGCAAAAACGGUCUAAUCCCCCAAUCCCGGGGGGUGGUAGUGGUCAGCCAUCCCCCCAUCCUGGCUGGGGUGACCGACUCCCAUCUCACAUCUUAGGGGCCCGGUGCUAA